AUGGAAUCUUUGCAGAUAUACCAACAACUUUCUGCCUAUGCGGCAAAGACAUUGUCAGCAUUAGAUGAUUAUCUUCACAAAGUAUUGAAACCAGAGGACGCGGACAGGGUGAUCACGUUUAUAGAGCAGCACCAGAAAAAUAUAAUCACUGGAUUUGGCAUUCUAUCUGUAUAUAUUCUGGGGAAAGUAUUAUUCAAGUUUGGGAAUUCGGGAACAGGGAACAGUAAAAGGGUGAAAAAAAAGAGACGUAAGCAUCAUAAGCAUAAACAUAAAACUGAAACUAGAGCGAAAAUUGAUCCCAUAGAGAUAUCACGACACCAAAUAAAUAUUGCUAUGAAUGAAUUUGAUACUGAAUUUUUACCAAAAUUAAAUACAUUACUUUCUAGAGUUGAGGAAAGAGAAGACGCGAUCUGCGGACCAGAUGCUGAGUCGAACAAAAAGCUGCUAAUUAAGGCAGCUUCAGAGCGCUCGUACAAGGAUGCGUUCCAAUAUCAAAGACUUUACUUUAAUGAACAGUUAUUGAAGCUUAUAAUGAGGUUGGAUAGUAUUGAUACGCAAGGUCAAAUUAAUUUGAGAAAUACAAGGAAACAGGGAAUUAAACGCAUUCAAGGGGCAUUAGAUAGACUUGAUAGUUAUAAAAGCAGAAUGCAAUCUUUGAUUGAUCAGAAAAUAAUUGCUUAG